GGCCUGAGGCUAUUCUCCAACGAUGAUUGAGUCCAUUAAGCACCGAUUUGGGCGAUUUAUUCCGGGUCAAUUUUUGGCAGAUUCCAAAGGGGUACCAUCACAGAUUUCUGGCGAUUUAUCUAAAAUGCAAUUUUCUUUCGAUUCUGGAGGAUACAGAUCAUGGAAUCAGGCCGAGGCUAUUCUUCAUCGAUAAUAAAGUCUAUUGAUCCUAUUCUCCACGGAUGAUAAGUCCGAUAAGCAUCGAUUUGAGCCAAUUUAUUUUCGGUUGGCAUUUUCGUAAUUUCUUGGGCGACGAAAUGCCAUUUUCUUUAGAUAUUGAAGGCUACAGAUCACGGAUUCGGCCUGAGGCUAUUCUCCAACGAUGAUUGAGUCCAUUAAGAACCGAUUUGGGCGGAUUUAUUCCGGGUCAAUUUUUGGCAGAUUCCAAAGGGGUACCAUCACAGAUUUCGGGCGAUUUAUCCGAAAUGCCAUUUUCAUUUGAUUCUAGAAGCUAUAGAUCAUGGAAUCAGGCUCAGGCUAUUCACCACCAAUAAUGAAGCCCAUUGAUCCUAUUCUCCACGGAUGAUAAGUCCGUUAAGCAUCGAUUUGGGCUAAUUUAUUUUCGGAUGGCAUAUUCGUAAUUUCUUGGGCGACGAAAGGCCAUUUUCUUUGGAUAUUGAAGGCUACAGAUCACGGAUUCGGCCUGAGGCUAUUCUCCAACGAUGAUUGAGUCCAUUAAGCACCGAUUUGGGCGAUUUAUUCCGGGUCAAUUUUUGGCAGAUUCCAAAGUGGUACCAUCACAGAUUUUGGGCGAUUUAUCCGAAAUGCCAUUUUCUUUCGAGUUUGGAGGCCACAGAUCACGGAAUCAGGCCGAGGCUAUUCUUCACCGAUAAUGAAGUCUAUUGAUCCUAUUCUCCACGGAUGAUAAGUCUGUUAAGCAUUGAUUUGGGCCAAUUUAUUUUCGGAUGGCAUUUUCGUAAUUACUUGGGCGACGAAAGGCCAUUUUCUUUGGAUAUUGAAGGCUACCUAUCAAGGGUUCGUCCUGAGACUAUUCUCCGACGAUGAUUGAGUCCCUUAAGCACCGAUUUGGGCGGAUUUAUUCUGGGUCAAUUUUUGGCAGAUUCCAAAGGGGUACCAUCACAGAUUUCGGGCGAUUUAUCCAAAAUGCAAUUUUCUUUCGAUUCUGGAGGCUAGAGAUCACAGAAUCAGGCCGAGGCUAUUCUCCACCGAUUAUGAAGUCUAUUGAUCCUUUUCUCCCUGGAUUAUAAGUCCGUUAAGCAUCGAUUUGGGCCAAUUUAUUUUCGGAUGGCAUUUUCGUAAUUUCUUGGGCGACGAAAGGCCAUUUUCUUUGUAUAUUGAAGCCUACAGAUCACGGAUUCGGCAUGAGGCUAUUCGCCAAUGAUGAUUGAGUCCUUUAAGCACCGAUUUGGGCGGAUUUAUUCCGGGUCAAUUUUUGGCAGAUUCCAAAGGUGUACCAUCACAGAUUUCGGGCGAUUUAUCCGAAAUGCAAUUUUCUUUCGAUUCUGGAGGAUACAGAUCACGGAAUCAGGCCGAGGCUAUUCUUCACCGAUAAUGAAGUCUAUUGAUCCUAUUCUCCAUGGAUAAUAAGUCCGAUAAGCAUCGAUUUGGGCCAAUUUAUUUUCGGUUGGCAUUUUCGUAAUUUCUUGGGCGACGAAAGGCCAUUUUCUUGGAUAUUGAAUGCUACAGAUCACGGAUUCGGCCUGAGGCUAUUCUCCAACGAUGAUUGAGUCCAUUAAGCACCGAUUUGGACUGAUUUAUUCCGGGUCAAUUUUUGGCAGAUUCCAAGGAGGUACCAUCACAGAUUUCGGGCGAUUUAUCCAAAAUGCAAUUUUCUUGCGAUUCUGGAGGGUACAGAUCACGGAAUCGGGCCGAGGCUAUUCUCCACCGAUAAUGAAGUCUAUUGAUCCUAUUCUCCACAGAUGAUAAGUCCGUUAAGCAUCGAUUUGGGCCAAUUUAUUUUCGGAUGGCAUUUUCGUAAUUUCUUGGACGACGAAAGUCCAUUUUCUUUGUAUAUUGAAGCCUACAGAUAACGGAUUCGGCCGGAGGCUAUUCUCCAACGAUGAUUGAGUCCUUUAAGUACCGAUUUGGGCGAAUUUAUUCUGGGUCAAUUUUUGGCAGAUUCCAAAGGGGUACCAUCACAGAUUUCGGGCGAUAUAUCCGAAAUGCAAUUUUCUUUCGAUUCUGGAGGCUACAGAUCACGAAAUCAGGCCGAGGCUAUUCUCCACCGAUAAUGAAGUCUAUCGAUCCUAUUCUCCAUGGAUUAUAAGUCCGUUAAGCAUCGAUUUGGGCCAAUUUAUUUUCGUAUGGCAUUUUCGUAAUUUCUUGGGCGACGAAAGGCCAUUUUCUUUGUAUAUUGAAGGCUACAGAUCACGGAUUUGGCCUGAGGAUAUUCUCCAACGAUGAUUGAGUCCUUUAAUCACCGAUUUUGGCGGAUUUAUUCCGAAUCAUUUUUUGGCUGAUUCCAAAGGGGUACCAUCACAGAUUUCGGGCGAUUUAUCCGAAAUGCAAUUUUCUUUUGAUUCUGCAGUCUACAGAUCAUGGAUUCAGGCCGAGGCUAUUCUCCACCGAUAAUGAAGUCUAUUGAUCCUAUUCUCCAAGGAUGAUAAGUCCGUUAAGCAUCGAUUUGGGCCAAUUUUAUUUUCGGAUGACAUUUUCGUAAUUUCUUGGGCAACGAAAGCUCAUUUUCUUUGAAUAUUGAAGGCUACAGAUCACUGAUUCGGCCUGAGGCUAUUCUCCAACGAUGAUUGUGUCCAUUAAGCACCGAUUUGGGCGGAUUUAUUCCGCGUCAAUUUUUGCCAGAUUCCAAAGGGGUUCCAUCACAGAUUUCGGGCGAUUUAUCCGAAAUGCCAUUUUCUUUCGAUUCUGGAGGCCGCAAAUCACGAAAUCAGGCCGAGGCUAUUCUUCACCGAUAAUGAAGUUAAUUGAUCCUAUUCUCCACAGAUGAUAAGUCCGUUAAGCAUCGAUUUGGCCCAAUUUAUUUUCGGAAGGCAUUUUCGUAAUUUCUUGGGCGACGAAAGGCCAUUUUCUUUGGAUAUUGAAGGCUACAGAUCACGGAUUCGGCCUAAGGCUAUUCUCCAAUGAUGAUUGAGUCUAUUAAGUACCGAUUUGGGCGGAUUUUUUCCAGGUCAAUUUUUGGCAGAUUCCAAAGGGGUACCAUCACAGAUUUUAGGCGAUUUAUCAUAAAUGCCAUUUUCUUUCGAUUCUGGGGAGGCUAUAGAUCACGAAAUCAAGCCGAGGCUAUUCUCUACCGAUAAUGAAGUCUAUUGAUCCUAUUCUCCGCAAAUGAUAAGUCUUUUAAGCAUCGAUUUGGGCCAAUUUAUUUUCGGAUGGCAUUUUCUUAAUUUCUUGGGCGACGAAAGCCCAUUUUCUUUGGACAUUGAAGGCUACAGAUCACGGAUUCGGUCUGAGGCUAUUCUCCAACUAUGAUUGUGUCCAUUAAGCACCGAUUUGGGCGGAUUUAUUCCAAGUUAAUUUUUGGCAGAUUCCAAAGGGGUACCAUCACAGAUUUCGGGCCAUUUAUCCGAAAUGCCAUUUUCUUUCGAUUCUAGAUGCUACAGAUCACGGAAUCAGGGCGAGGCUAUUGUCCACCGAUAAUGAAGUCUAAUAUCUUAU